AUGGAUGGUACUUCAGAAAUCGAAAAAUGCUCACCAACAGACCCGGCAACAUUUCUGUUCGCCUAUUCAAAUGAUUUGGAUUACAGUGAUGUGGCUAUGCUAUACAGUGAAUAUGGCUCCGGCGUCUCCUAUAAGAUCAAAUAUACGGUAGCUGCCACAGUUCGAUUUGAUACGAAAACAAAAGAAGAUAUUGUGAUCCAUGAAGGCGAAACGGUGGUUGAUAGUUACAACGCUGCUUAUUCUUAUCUGAAUAAAACCCAAGUGGAUCCAUCUCAAAGGUUUGAUAGUUCGGAAACAGAAAGUGAUGUAUUGGAUAUGUUGGAGAGAUUUAUUAACACCAAUCGUUCAAACAUCUGUGAAUCCGUGGCUUUAAUAUUGAUGAAACGAAGUCCAAAUGGAAUCGAAAUUUCGAAAAUUGUGGAAAAAAUAAGAGAAUAUCACUUUUCGAUCAUCAAUUAUUCUUGCAAGGAACUAAAUCUGUAA